UUUUAACUAUCAGAUACAUGUACCUGUGGCUCUUUUAUCGGUCCAGACAUUAAACAAAUAUUAUGUAGCUGUUUGGUCCUCAGCUCUGUGGCCACCAUCGAAAUCUAAACUCACCUAUUUAACCUCUAUUUCGUCCAGUAACUGACAAAACACCGUACAAAACAGCGAUGUCCGUAUUUAAGGGCAUAUCCGAGGCAUGUAUUGUACUCGGCACGUUAUUGUUUUCCUUCGUGGAGGUUUUCUAUCGACUCCUCGUCCCACGUAGUCGGAAGUCGAUAGCGGGGAGUUCGGUGUUGAUCACCGGGGCUGGACACGGCAUCGGGAAGUGCAUGGCGUUAAGGUUUGCCCGUGAGAAAGCCGUGCUGGUGCUGUGGGACAUCAACCAGGCCAACAACGAGAAAACGGCACGAGAGGUUCGUGAGCUUGGGGCUCAGGCGUUUGCUUACACUGUUGACUGUUCCUCCCCUGAUGCAGUCUCAGAAACGGCUGAACGAGUCAUCCAGGAUUUAGGCAGAGUCUACAUGUUGAUAAAUAACGCCGGAGUGCUGGUAGGGGAAGAUAUCCUCAAUCUAUCUGAACAGAAUAUCAAGCAAACCAUCAACAUCAACCUCAUGGCACAAUUCUGGACUAUCCGAAGUUUCUUACCAGCAAUGCUUGAGGCAAACUCUGGUCAUAUCGUCAGCAUUUCUUCAAUGGCUGGCAGACAUGGAGUCCACCGUCUCUCUGAUUACAGCGCUUCGAAGUUUGCAGUGAUUGGUCUCCACGAAUCUCUGACGGACGAAAUCAAUCAGGUUUACCGAUCGCCGGGAAUCUUGACAACGUUGGUGUGUCCGAUGUUCAUCAACACUGGGAUGAUACACAGUGUAUGGGAUAGGGCAACUGGAGGAAAAUUGAUGGAUGCUGAUGAUGUAGCUGAAGAGAUUGUGGACGGUGUUCUCAGAAAUAAGGAGGAAAUCAUCAUUCCCUCUUUGAAUUCAAAACUAUUUUUGUUUUUAAAAGCUGUGCUACCAACAAGAGGCUUCAGAGCUCUGGAUAGUUUUCUCCAGGUUCGAAUCCCGUCCCAGGCAAGCCAAAAAUGACAUUACAGGAAGCUCUUCUAUCACUUGAGCCUAUUGGAGAACCCCGAUGACCUCACGGAUUCAACCUUUGACCUUUUAUUAAGUGAAGAAGAGAAUUAGUCAAAACGUGUACCAAAGACCUAGCUUGCAGCAUGACUCCAUGACUUUCCCUACUACGGAAUUCUACACUACAUGUAACAGUCACUAUUUUCUACCUCCAUGGAGGGUAAGCACAAUAUUUGUACACUUGGUGUUCAAGAGAAGAAUGCUUAUAGUAAGCAAACAUUCCUGCUAACCUGGGCCAAAUUUCAUAAAGCCACUUAUCAGAAUAUCUGUAUUGGUCUCCGUACAAACACCUGGUGAGGUUGUCGUCGUACAUCGGGUAGGGGUCUAAACGCAACGCAGCUUGGCAAAGCUAGAAUAAGGUUGCCAGCCAUACAAACCUUACUACCAAAGACCUUGCGCUGUAAUUUCAUGACUUUGCCUACUGCGGCAUUCUACACAUACAUGUACACUAGCAGUCACUAUUUUCUACCUCCAGGGAUAAGCACCACAGUUCUGCACUUGAUGUUUUAACGGAGAACGUUUCGUAAACAACACAUGUAUUUCCUUGGCAUUCUGGUUACAAUUUCACAGAGCUGUUUACAUGGUUUAAGCACAUUUUUGCUAACCAGAAAAAGGUUACCAGCCUAAAAAACCAUAUUCCUUCCUGUUUUUGCUCAACAGAAACUUUGUGAAAAAAGGAAGGUUAUUAGGGGCCAUUCAUAAUUAUCAAUGUUUUAAAAUUUCGAUUUCUUUUCGAAUUAGUGGGUGGGUGGGUCAGAAGCCUCUUUUUCAAAUAUUUGUUAGUCGAAUUCACUUUUCACAGGGGGAAAAAAAAAAAGCAAGAACGUUAGACUUGCCUUCCAUUGAGGUAGCAACUGCAGACCAAGCAAGUCUCACGCUUGUAUGCAACACAACCAUUUUCUCACGCUUAGGGCCGGACAGGGAAAACAAAAUAAUAUAUAAUAAUGCACAAUCUUCAGAUUGCGCGCAGUUUUUCAGAAUUAUCAACUUGGGCUGGCAUACAAACAGCGCGAAUUUGCAGGUUGCGCACGCUUUUGCUCUCUCCCCAGAUUCAGCUGAUAAAUAGAAUUUGACAGAGCGCAAAACGCGAAUUGCGCACAAGUUUGUCCCAAUCCGUUUAGCAAAUUUGUUGAAUGCGCCCCAUGUGCAUAUAGACCAUAGAGUUAUAUAUAAGAACUAGACUCAACACAUGAGGUAGAAGUCAUGAGUGGAGGAUUUUGCACAUCAUUUUAGCUGGAAAUUAAUUUUCUUGGGGUGAAUAUUCUCACAACAUCUCCUGUACCGUAUGUGAAUGUGAAGUAAACUGGAAAGUUUGUUCAUGCAUUUUGAAGAAAAGAAAUCCUCCACAAAAAUAAUUUGGCACAAUUUUUGCAUUAAGCCAAGUUUUUUUGGGGGCGGCAGUACCGUUAAUUUCAGAUUAAAACAAAAUAUUUUUUCGGGGGGUUGAACAAUCUAAGGUUUAGCUGGCCUUUGUUAAACGGCACUGAUCACAAUAAAAGUUGAUAAAAGUUUUAGCCCAGGGCUACAAUAACUGGGCCUGCGGUCCGGUGCUAGGCCCGAACGUGCAUUAAUAACAUCAAUGAUGCAGCGCACACGAGUACAAGUACCAUGCAAGUAUGCAUAAUACAAACCACAUGUAGUUUUAUUUUUAAUACUGCACAUAACAAAUCAAUG